AUGUCUCGAUCAAAACGUGGUAGUGAACCUGCGGUGCCCAGGCCCAGUUCUAGCGUGCUCCUUGUGUCUUCAAAGAACGAGAUCCUUCUUCUUCAUCGCGUGAAGACCUCUACCUCUUUUGCGUCUGCCCAUGUCUUUCCUGGUGGUAACCUAUCCAUCCAAGAUGGGGAAUGCCCACCACCCGAAGACUUAGCACGACAUGAUGAUUCCCCUAGCUACCGAUGUGCAGCAAUCAGGGAACUUUUUGAAGAGAGUGGAAUUCUUCUAGCUAAAGACCGGAACACCGGGAAGAUGCUAGCUGUCGACGAGCCUACCCGAGAGGCAGGAAGACGACUCAUUCACCAGAAUAAGAUCACCUUUAAUGAGUGGCUAAAGCAGCAAAGUGCUGAUGCCGAGCCCGAUAUAGGCAAAUUAAUUCCCUUUACUCGCUGGGUUACGCCAACCAAUGUUCCCAAGCGAUACACUACUCAGAUGUACCUCUAUUUCUUGCCUGUGCCAGUCAAGGUGGAUAAGAACCUUCUCGACCAACUCCCAGCAGAGGGCGAACGCGAGGAACAUGAGAUCCCAACGAGUGAUGGUGGAAUUGAGGUUACGGAGGCACAGUUUCUUCCAGCCUCGGUGUGGAUUAGUCGUGCUCAACAGGCAGAUAUCAUUCUCUUCCCGCCGCAGUUCCUUCUUUUGCAUUUUGUGUCAGGAUUCCUGGACAAGGAGCCUCGUACAGGUGCUUCUGUGGAAGAGAUAGAGAACCGUCGUCAAGCGCUUGUCGAUUUCGUCCAUUCGGGUUCUCCCCCAUGGACAGAGAAAUGCAUAUCUCCAAAAAUGAUUCACAUGACCGGUGAUGGGCGCUCCGUGUUGGGUCUGAAUGAUCCCGGACCUGAGCUGAAAGGAUCUUCCAAGCGAGGAGAGCCCGACAGAGUGGUUAUCGUGCGGUUUAAGAAAGGAAGUGCACGAGAGGUGGCUGUGGGAUGGAAGAAGGAUGUGUUGCAGGAGGAAAGAGAAAAGAGUUAUCUGUAA